GUCUCAAGAACAUGAUUCUUGUUAUGCACUGGGCUGUCAAGAGUGUUCGCAAGCAGCGUCUCGAACAAGCCACCAGCAUCAGCUUGUCCGUGGACGACCGCAAGGAGUAUCGUUUGGGGAGGUACCGUUGCGAUGUUCCACCGCGCACUGCCAAGCAGUCAGCGGCUCCAGGCUCCCAAGGUCCCCAAGGCUCCCAAGGCUCCCAAGGCUCGGAGGAUGGCCCGCUUGUCGCCGAUGGCUUGCUUGGGGUCUACAAGACAGGUGCCAGUGUUCCUGAAAACACAGUGGAGGAGCACGAUGCGGACAAGAGUCAGGUGAUGGCAGACAGCAUAGGCAUAGUCAUUGACAGGGCCUGUCAGGAUCCGGAAGGCAAAACUGACGAGGAGUCCUGCAGCGGCUUGAAGCUGCACGUGCGGCACUUUGCAGCCGAUCAGUGCACAUCUGCCCGGAAGUGUGGAAGGUUGUUGGUCACUGGCGGCCAGUAUCCUAACCUGGUCUGGGUAAGCCAUGAUCCUGCGCAGCAGGUUCGUAUUGCCUACCAGGACCCUCUUCACGCCAUGCCCGAGUUCCAAGACCAGUGGGAGCGUUUGUUUGCUCCCGGCAAGGGCAAGCAUGCGCUGAUCCCGGACAUCCAGAACUCAGAAGUCUGGAAGGCCAGGCUCAUGGCGGCCCAGCAAGAGGUUCUCAGGCUCCAUGGCUCCCAGGCUGGUGUGGAGAAGGUGAUCCGAGCGUUGUCGUUCUCCCAACCUCGGUUUGACUCGUCGGCCACACCAAUGCUGAAGUACUUGUGCAUGAUUCGUGCGAUGGCUGUCUUAUGUGCUAUGCAGGAGAGAAACACGGUCGAGAUUCGCUCCCGAGCAGAGCGCGCCUUGCAAAACAUGAAUGCAGCAGCCCUCAUGCGCUGUGGACUCACUUGCGACUACACAUCUGAGUGCCUGGGUUUCUUGCGCAGGAACUUUGACAUUGAGGAUCCAGAUGUAUCCUGCACCCCCAGAGUACUGGAAGAGUUCACCAAGCGCCAGCGGUUCUUAUUUGUGGAUGGAUACAUCCUCUCCGACAGCUCGCAGGUUCCCAGUUCCGUGGACGGCUCCGAGGCUCCAGGCUCCCAGGCUCCCAGGAGGUGUGCAACCCAGUUAGUUUACGAGGAGAUUCAGACACCAGAGCCGAUCUUCUAUGGCAACAGAGUCCACUACCUGUGCACGAAGGCCGGCAUUUCUGAUGUAAGGCAGAUCAUGGGAACUAUGGCGCACGUGGUCGAGGCGAUGCUGGAGCGUUUGCGAGUAGAUCUGACGGAGGAUGAGAUCGCCGUGGCUCUGCAGGUAUUCAACCUUCGGCUGUGGCAGGAGACGAACCGACAACAGGAGCUAGUGGACUCUACACGCAAGAUCUGUGAUAUGCUCAAGCUUUCGCCCG